CAAUGGGAUCGCUGACAAGUCGACAAAAUGCUGGUGUGGAAGAAGUUGAUAUCGUUUCAAAUCAUGCAUAUAAAUAUCCACCUCGUUCUGGAAGUUAUUUUGGCAGUCAUUUUAUAAUGGGUGGUGAAAGGUUUGAUACCCCUCAACCUGAAGCAUAUCUGUUUGGAGAAAAUGCUGACUUGAAUUUCUUAGGAAGUCGACCAACACCUUUUCCAUAUCCUCCACCGCAAGCCAAUGAUCCUACUAAAACAUUGAAAAGUUUAGUAAAUAUAAGAAGAGAAUCAUUGAGAUUAGUUCGUAAUGUUGAUCAAACUGCCAAUUCACCUCAAUGUCAUAGUGUGAAACACUAUGGAGAUAGUGAUAUCGAUAAGAAACCAAGUCGUUACAAUAUUGAAUUUACAUUUGAUUGUGAUGUAAGAUGUGCAAUAACAAUAUAUUAUUUUUGCACUGAAGAAGUUACAACAAAGGGAGUUACUUACAUUCCAAGGGAUCCUUCUAUAAAUUCUGAAACAUAUUAUUACAAAAAGGGUGCAAAUCAAUUAUUCUCUCAGACAUCACACAUAUUUGAUCCAACAAUAUAUAAUGAAGAAGAUUUAACAUAUAAUGCUGAUAGAGAAAUAAUACCAAUAGCAAUCCAUUGUGUAGCAGAAGAAGGCUCAGAUGAACCAAAACAAUCUCACACAACAAUUGCAGUUGUUGAAAAACAUUCAGAUGGAACCUAUGUAUUAAAAGCUCUUAAGCAAAAGCUAUACGUUGAUGGUCUUUGUUAUUUACUUCAAGAAAUCUAUGGCAUUGAAAAUAAGAAUGCUGAGAAUGCAAAACAACAAGGUAGCGACGAAGACACUGAUGAUAAUGGAUCAGAAUGUGUCAUUUGUAUGUGUGAUGUACGAGAUACUUUAAUAUUACCAUGUAGACAUUUAUGUCUAUGCAAUAAUUGUGCAAAUUCUCUCAGAUAUCAAGCAAACAAUUGUCCUAUAUGUCGUGCUCCUUUUAGAGCUCUCCUUCAAAUUAAAGCACUUCAAAAAGCGACUGGGUCUAUCAUAUCAAAUCCACCAUUACCAGAGGGAAGCUGUGAAAAUAUUCCAGCAGGAUAUGAAGCUGUAUCAUUAAUAGAAGCUUUAAAUGGUCCAUACAUUCCAAGGACUGCUGCUCUUGCACCAGAAUCUCCAGAGACACCUGACACAGAUACGGCUAGUGCGAUCCAAGCAGCUGAAGCAUUAAAUAGAUCUGUAGAACGUACUCCAGUAUCAAAACAUGUAUCUACAAAAGAAACAGACAUAUCUGCAAGGACAAGUGGUACAGCGUGUCCUACUCCAGAAAUUCGGAUGUCAGUGUUUUUAGCUAAAUAUGAACAUUCCGGAUCAGAAAAAGAUCUUUACAGUAGGUCUCCAGCAAUGAGAAUGAAAACUUCUGGACAUAUAAGAGAAAAAGUUGCAUUACGGUCACGGGAUACUCUUAGACUUGUUAAUGAAAAACAACCUGUUUCUAUGUAUGAGGGGCAAGGGCAAGAUGAAGAUAGCGAGGCAGAAAAACUGUCUCCUUUAUUGGAUGUAGCAACCAGUACAGAAGCACUUGACACCCACGGUCAUGGAAUGUGUGAUAUAGACAUUGAUGACGAAAUUCAAAACACCGAAAAUGAAAAUGAUAACAACACCACAUGCCAUUCUCAUUAAAAAUGUAAAAAUACUUAUUUGUAAUGUUGGUCCUAAAAUGUAUAUUUAAUUCAUUUAUUUUUUAUAAUAUAAAGUUUUUGAUUUUUUUUUAAAUGAUUUUAAAUUGUAGAUAAUGCAAAUUAAAAAACAUAUCGUUUUGUUAACUUAAAAUUCAGACUUCAUUUUAAAAUUUAUAAGCAAGCAUUUUAUUUUAUUUAUACUAUACUCAAUAUUUGAGGUAUUUUGUUUUUAAUAAGUUGACAAUUAAUCUUUUUUGUGCUCUUAAUGUGUAAAAAGAAAAAAGUAUGAAAUAAAAUUAAUAACGCACGUCCUUGUCUUUUCAAUUAGUUUAAUGAAAUAAAA